UUUGUGGAUGGAAGAAGAGAGCACUUCUGAUGACCCUCUAACUCUAAUUAAGCCAACAACUUCAUUCAAUUCCUUCCCCCAAAAAUUGUCUUCUUCCCCCUUAUCAGAAAAUACACCAGACUUUAAUAAUUUGAUUGACGAAUUUGUUGAUUUAAGCGAGUGGGGUGCUUUGAGUGAUGGAGAUUUGUGCAUGAGCAGGCAACUGGCUGCUACAAUAGGGAUACCCGAAGGAGGAGAUGUGAGGGAGGAGGAGGAAGCUAAUUUAGGAAGAAAAGAAGAGGAGAUGAAUACUGAGGAGAAAAAAGGAGAAAAUGAAGGAAUGGAGGAAAUUGAGGAGGAAGAUGAGUUUGAGGAGGAGGAGGUUGAAUUUAGUGAGAUUAAUCAGGUUGUCGAGCCUAAUGGAAAUUUAAACAAUUCUGUGGGUGAAUGGCACCAGUUUACUGAACAAAACAUUAAAUACGAGAACAACAAUAAUAUUAAUGGGAAUUAUUUAAAUAAUGGAAACAACAAUGUUGUUAGAGAUAGAGAGACGGAAAGUGAGUUCGUUUACCAUUAUAACAACCCACAAAACGAAGCAUCAUCUUCGCCUGGUUCAUUUCUUCAUGCUUCAGACCAUUCCCCGUUAGCUCCUCCACCUCCUCCCAUUGUUAUUUCACCCCAAGAAGUUGACAAUUUAACUAUAACGUUGGAAAAGAAUCAGCAAUGUGCAUGUUCUGAAUGUGGGAAGCUGUUCAACUCUGUUUGGUACUUAAAACAGGUAUAUAAUAAAUAUUUUAUAAAUUACUUCUAA